AGUGAUGUUGUAGUUUUGUGUAAUGGAAAGUUGGAUUGCAAUGGUGCUAAUAAUGACCAGCUGGUUUUAGUUUAUAUUGGCAUGAAAAUUGACAUUUUGGCCCUUAAACACACAUUUUAUUAGGCACCACUUUUCACUGUGUCUUGCUAAAUGCUGAUGUCUACUGAAACCACAAAGUAAUUUGUGGAAAAAUGAAACAUUUCUUAUAGAAGCUAAAUCUGGAGACUUUUUAGGAUCUUCACAGUCAGAAUUUAUCUCAGAAGCUUUUUAGAACACAGCCAUUCAGUAGAUUCUCAUCCACAAUCUUGAAGGCAGGACAUCAUGGCAUCUUCUGCCUGACAAGAACACAUUUGUCCAUUUAAAGGCCAUUUAUUGUAGUCUUCGACAUCAGUUUAGGUUUAAUAUAAUCCAAUUUGAAAGAAAAGUUCUGUCACUUCAGUGGCAAUAGCGCAGUCACUUUUUAAAAAAAUGAUACAAUCACACGGUGGCGCUGUAGAGUGUGAAACAUGGGUCCGUGGUGUUUUUGUAAAACAUCAAUGGGUAGAGUAAAUUUCCAUGUCCGGGCGUCUGUGCCAAUAGGCUCGCUCAGAAGGCAGGGCCAGCGAUUGGAGUUGGGAGAGGAACCCAGUCUGUGCGGCAGUAAGUGCACAGUCAACUAAAGCAUAAAGAUUACAAACAAUUUAUUGAAAUCGUUCUUUACUGCUCUGUCUUGUUUUUUUGUUUUAUUUUAUCAUAAACGGAUUGACUCGUUCAAGUAUUGGUAUCAAGAAGACCACUUGCCCGCAUCGAAUCAUCGCUUCAUCCAAUGUUCAUGAAGACAUUCUGAAAUUACAUGUUCUUCCAUAUUUCGUUGGGAUUGGAUUACACAAAAGGCGGCACGGACUCACAAUUAUUCACUCUUCUCAUUGCAACAGGGAGCCCCAGACCCCGGAGAUGAAUAAGCUGCGUCAGAGCCUGCGCAGGAAGAAGCCCACCUACGUGCCGGAGGCCAGUAGACCCCACCAGUGGCAGGCAGACGAGGAGGCCGUGCGCAAGGGCAAAUGCAACUUCCCUGUCAGGUACCUGGGUCUAGUGGAGGUGGAGGAAUCCAGAGGGAUGCAUGUGUGUGAGGAGGCUGUCAAAAAGCUCAAAAUUAGUGGCAAGAAGACAGUGAAAGCAGUGCUGUGGGUUUCAGCAGACGGUCUCAGAGUGGUGGAUGACAAAACCAAGGACCUCAUCGUAGACCAGACCAUUGAGAAGGUGUCCUUCUGCGCGCCCGACCGCAAUUAUGACAAGGCUUUCUCCUACAUCUGCCGUGACGGCACCACACGCCGCUGGAUCUGCCACUGCUUCAUGGCCCUGAAGGACUCGGGAGAGCGUAUGAGCCACGCCGUGGGCUGUGCCUUCGCCGCCUGUCUGGAGAGGAAGCAGCGGCGCGAGAAAGAGUGCGGCGUCACAGCCUCGUUCGACGCCAGCCGCACCUCCUUCGUGCGCGAGGGCUCGUUCCGCAUGACGUCGUCCAGCCAGCAGGGGGGCGAGCGCGAUGACAUCACGAAGCAGCUGCAGGACAAGAAGAAAGAGCCCCCGUGUACCAUCCCAGCCAUCCCCCCUGGCACCUCCUCACCCCCUGAGGGCUCGGCCUCGCCUGUGGGGCAGGGGGUGGAGCAUGCCAUCCCGCGGCGCCACGCGCCCAUUGAGCAACUGGUGCGUCAGGGCUCCUUCCGGGGCUUCCCGGCCCUCAGCGGGAAGAACUCGCCGUUCAAGAGGCAGCUCUCGCUGCGCCUCAACGACCUGCCUUCCAACCUGCAGCGCAAGACCGCCGACUUCCAAAGCAAGAACCCAGUCCCAGAGAUGGAUCUGUCCGUGUGUGGCGAGGCAGACAGCAGCAUCAACGCUCUGUGCAGCCAGAUCAACCAUUCUUUCACCAGGCCCUCUGAGGAACUCUUCUCCAACCCCACCCCCAACGGCCUGCCAGCCUGCACUGUGCCCCCAGCCAUCCCCCCUCCCCCUGCCCCCCUGCAAGCCACGUCCUCCUGGGUGCAGGCAGAGCCCCCGGUCCAGUCCCCUCCACCGGUGGUCCACAGUGGGCACAGGAGGACGCCCUCCGAGGCUGAGCGCUGGCUGGAGGAGGUGGCCCAGGCCGUCAAAGCCCAGCAACAGACCCCCAACCUGCCCCCACCACCUAUCCAGCCCACCCCUGCCAUUCCAGGGCCACCCAUGUCAAGCACACCUAUGUCAUGUGUGCCCUUAAUGGGGGCAUCCAUGCCAGGGGCAACCAUGCCAGGGGUACCUGGCUCCCUGCCCACUUCCAUGCAGUCCUUUCCCUUGGCGUUUGAUGCCACUCCCGCGCCCGUGGGCAUGUAUACCCAGCCACCCAUGCAGCCAGCGUUUGUACCCAUGCAGGCCUACAUGCCCGCCCUGGCCAACAGCAUGGCGUACUCCAACGCCAGUGUGCCUGUGGUGGGCAUCACGCCUUCCCAGAUGGUGGCUAAUGUUUUCUGCACGGCAGGCGGCUCUACCGGCGGGCCUUCCAUGGGCAUGGGCUCAGGGCCUAAAAUGGGCACGCUCAGUGGCGGGCAUCGCCACUCUUUCUCCGGCCAGCCGGGCGGGUUCCCUAUGCCACCUUUUGGAGCUCAUCCCACCGUCAACGGCCUCCCCCACAACAUUCCCACCUCCUCCCUCGCCACCAUCACGCAGAACGGCACUAGCAGCAACGGUGGCAGUAGCAGCAGCUGGCCACCGGAGAGCGCACAGCUGGCCAACCCGCCACCAGCCAAUGCCCAGGAGGUUGAUCGCUUCGAGGCAAAGUGGGCUGCGCUGGAGACCAAAUCGCAACCCAAGGCGGCGCCCAACCCUUUCUCCAAUGACUUGCAAAAGACCUUUGAGAUCGAGCUUAAACUCGGUAUUAACCCAGGUCAGGCCACUGCAUAGACUAUGAUGAUGCAGACCCCCAACCAGACUGAACCACUCCACUCAGCCCCCAGCCCCCUGCCCUAAAUGCUUUCGCUACCCCCCUCUUAAUUUUCUCCUCCUUUGUUGAGACCCUAGGGAUGUAAAUUGGGUCUGAACACAUGAUGACUGUGUAUGGAGCUCCUCGCGAUACAUUCCAUGGGAUUUCUAGCAAUCAUGUUCUGCGUGGGGAUCUAUGGAGGAGCCAGAGAAUAUGGACACAUCACAGAACACUGAGAUGAGACACAGAGAAAUUACGCUGAUGUUACCCAAGCACAGCAAAGGCCCUGGUUGACUAGCCAAUGACACGACUCGACGGUAGAGACCCCAAAGGAGGCGUCGACCAAUAAGAGUGACAGUUUGACGGCCAAAAUUGUUUUAUUUAUUAUUUUUACUUAGAUUUUAACCGUUUUAGUUUUACAUCAUUUUAUUUUUCUUCAUCAGUGUUCAAAGGUUGUUUCUCCCUGUAUUUAUUUCGUGUGGAACUGGAAAGAGGAGGGAAAUAACUAGCAACUGUAACUGGCAGCGGAGGGAGCAAAGAGAGGGAGUGAGUCAUGAAACCAGAGGCUGGAAAUGAGUGUAAAUAGCAUGCUUUUUUCACCCUCUAUUUCUUACCAAUCCACGUAUUAAUUUGCUAUUCAACCCAAAUGAGUCACUGUUAGCUAAAUCACCAUGGUGACCUAACACACCUCUGUCCCAGUGCCACUCCACCUGCACGACAGACACACUAGAACCCUAGAACAUUCUGGAAAGGGUUCAAAUGGUCCAGAUUCCAACGUGGUUGGUUGACUCUCGUUAUAUUCUGAAACAGAGUAGUAGUCACCCCCAGUACGAGUUUAUUCAGUCAACACUACAAGGGUCUAUUUGGGAAUGUUGAGCCUGAUGUUCAAGAGAGGCGGGAGGGAAGAGCUUGAGCACUUCGUAAGAUAAAGAUGGCGAGGUCGGGAUAGCUUUAUUUGAGAGGAACUUAUGAUGUUGUUUUGUCGCUGGGACUGGGUUUGAAAUAGCACCCUAUUUCUACAUAGGGCCUUGGUCAAAAGUAGUGCCUCCCACUGGGCACAGCCGUCAAUUCAACGAUGGUUCAACUUCAUUUAAUUGAAAUGACGUGGAUACAACGUUGAUUCAACCAGUGUGCCCAGUAGGCUGGGUCAAGCUGCACUUCUGACAUAGUGGGACUACAGUCAGUUUGCAGAGGCUUCUGGAUCCAGGCUCUUGUCCUGAGGCCAUUGUGACAGGAAGACGUUAUGGCACCUGCUGUGUGCUCUACCAGGCUGAGUAAAGAUGCCUAGAGGAAGUGAUGAGUCAUUUACCACUUUAAACAGACUGAGGAAGGCAUCCAUCUUUGUAGAGGGAAAACAAAGACAUGAAAGUGAUACGGAUAGUCGGGGAAGAGGGAAAGAAAAGGGGAAGGUGAAAGGUAGACGGAGAGAUGGAGGGCAUACUUACGAGAAUGAGACGAGGAAGUGGACUAUUGAAGGACUGUGAUGAACUGAGAAAAGACGAAAGAAGAAAAAUGUUACGUUAAACAGACUGGUUGUUUCAUUUCUUUAAUCUCCUUUCACUACUCCCAAACAAAGGUACUUCUGUUAGAAUGAUACUCACCAUGCAUUUAGAGCUCCAUAGACACAAGACUUUACUGUUUGAUCACAUUCUCAAAAGAGGCAAGCAUUUCCUUCCGUGACUUUAGUUGAAACACACAAAGACAGUAAAUGUGCAGUAUACUAUAGCUACAAUCCCAUAUCGGAAUUUUAGCCCAUUUGGCAGGACUUCCAAUGGCAAGUCAAGACGGGGCAAACGCAUGUGCUUCGAUGGGAUGCUUUGUGCUAUUUGCCAUUAUAAUGCUUUAUGUACGAUCCUGCCCCAAACAACAGGAGUGUAUGGGGAGUGAGACGGAGUGGAACCCAGGGGACCAGUGUUAUUGAAUCGACAUCACAACUCGACAAACAGGCUCCAUCCAUCCCGCUCUCCUGGUCAUUAACUCCUUAGGACUCGGCCAAUCAGGCUUUGCCAUUUUCACGUGGCACAAUACUGACUGACAUCCAUUUGCUUUCCCAAAGAUAUAAAGCAGUAGUGAGGAGCCAUGCUUUUGCUCGUUUAGACAAAUAGAUUUUCUAAAUGAAUUCUCUCCCCGUCUUUUAAGAGAAAAGACAUAGUCAUUCAUGAAAUUGCUGUUUUUAUUUAGUUAAAUUACCCUUGUUUGCACGCCCUUUAAAUUAAACUGUAGGUUAAUUAUGUUCAAAAUAAGAACUAAAUUACCUCUUAAACUUGAUUGUAAACCACAGUGUAGUGAUAACAAACUAGUGGAGUUUAUUUUUAUUCUUUAUUUACAGAAUUUUGUAUUUAAACCUACAUAUUUGUAUUGUAAUUACAUUGUACAAAGAUAAAUAAAUAAUAUAAUAU